CGCGGGCCCCAACCGUGCCGCCUGCUCUGCCCGUGCUGCCAGAACCAUGAGGCUUGUACUUUGCAGCCUGCUGCUCCCGCUGCUACUCCAGGUCCCAGGCAGCCUGGGCCUUGCCCCCCAGGCCAGAGGACACCUGUGCCGGACGCGGCCCACGGACCUGGUGUUUGUGGUGGACAGCUCUCGCAGCGUCCGGCCGGUGGAGUUUGAGAAGGUGAAGGUAUUCCUGUCCCAGGUCAUCGAGUCGCUGGAUGUGGGGCCCAACGCCACCAGGGUGGGCGUGGUCAACUAUGCCAGCUCCGUCAGGCAGGAGUUUCCGCUGCGGGCCCACAGCUCCAAGGCUUCGCUGCUGCGGGCUGUGCGCCGCAUCCAGCCGCUGGCCACGGGCACCAUGACAGGCCUGGCCAUCCAGUUCGCCAUCACCAAGGCCUUCAGCGAUGCCGAGGGUGGUCGUGCCAAGUCCCCUGGCAUCAGCAAGGUGGUCAUCGUGGUGACGGACGGGAGGCCCCAGGACAGCGUGCGGGACGUGUCCGAGCGGGCCCGGGCCAGCGGCGUCGAGCUGUUCGCCAUCGGCGUGGGCGGCCGCGUGGACAAGGCGACGCUGCGGCAGAUGGCCAGCGAGCCGCAGGACGAGCACGUGGACUACGUGGAGAGCUACAGCGUCAUCGAGAAGCUGUCCAAGAAGUUCCAGGAGGCUCUCUGCGUGGUGUCAGACCUGUGUGCCACGGGCGACCAUGACUGCGAGCAGGUGUGCCUUAGCUCACCAGGCUCCUACACCUGUGCCUGCCACCACGGCUUCACACUGAACAGCGACGGCAAGACGUGCAACGUGUGCCAGGGGGGUGGUGGCAGCUCAGCUACCGACCUGGUCUUUCUCAUCGACGGGUCCAAGAGCGUGCGGCCGGAGAACUUUGAGCUGGUGAAGAAAUUCAUCAACCAGAUUGUCGACACGCUGGAUGUGUCGGACAGGCUGGCGCAGGUGGGGCUGGUGCAGUACUCGAGCUCGGUGCGCCAGGAGUUCCCGCUGGGCCGCUACCACACCAAGAAGGACAUCAAGGCUGCGGUGCGAAACAUGUCCUACAUGGAGAAGGGCACCAUGACGGGUGCCGCCCUCCAGUACCUCGUCGACAACUCCUUCUCUGUGUCCAGCGGGGCCAGGCCCGGGGCCCAGAAGGUGGGCGUUGUCUUCACCGAUGGCCGGAGCCAGGACUACAUUAAUGAUGCAGCCAAAAAAGCGAAGGAGCUUGGCUUUAGGAUGUUUGCCGUGGGCGUGGGCAACGCCGUGGAGGAUGAGUUGAGGGAGAUCGCCUCGGAGCCCGUGGCCGAGCACUACUUCUACACAGCCGACUUUAAGACCAUCAGCCAGAUUGGCAAGAAGUUGCAGAAGAAGAUCUGCGUGGAGGAAGACCCAUGCGCCUGUGAGUCCAUCGUGAAGUUCCGAGCCACGGUGGACGAGCUGCUGAAGUCUGUAAGCAAGAAAUUGGAAGCUGUAAGCAGGCGGCUGGCUGUCCUGGAGAACAGAAUUGUCUAGGGGUGUGUGGUACCUGGCCUAGCCUCGCCUCUGCACCUGCCCAGCGCAAGCCUGGCUCUGCAAGCCCCGUGCGUGCCCCCUCUGCAUCCUGGAGUGUAGUUUAGCUCUGUGGUGGUUGUGCGUGGGGCUGGGGAAGGGCAAGCCUGGGAGCCGCAGCGGCUUCCUGGGGGUCUCCACCAGACUGGGAGAGUGUGUA